UACAAAUGCUUACUCUGUUUAUACUCUGUGGAUUUGUCGAUAGAACUUUGUAGUAAAUCAGUCACCUGCGAGCGGCAGCCUGGCAACCCGCCUUGCCUUCUACAGGACGAUUGUUUUUACUGUGUCCAGGAUUGUGCAAGAGCCGAGACCUAGAACCAGAACGCCCAGACAAACUGGAUGAUUACGGGUUAUUUACACCCACAGACCUGCAGCCCACCAACAGGUUGUGCCUUUUCUCAUUCUCACCUGGCUUCGCCUCAACGUCGGGACCAUGCCCCAGAGGAGGAACAAACGCCCGCCUACGGCUCCAAAACCUUCUCGUCUUCAUUCUGCCGCCGUGCAGAACAGGGCUAUUAAUUUACCCCGUGGCGGCUUACCGACAUUACAAUCAAAUGGAUUCACUAUGCAGGAUGAAGCGAGAAAUACAAGGUCUCAUGAGCUCACCUGUGGUCAAGAUGCCGGGCUUAGAAAAAAACCUGUCGUUUUCAUCAGUGCUGGUUUUAUUGAGCCGCUGAAAGACGCCGAAUUACCUUCCGCUGACGAUGGGGCUGCUGAGGGGCGCCAAGAGAUUUGUGAAAACGACGGGAAGACGCUUGAGCAAAAUACCGACGUGGAAGCCAGUCCGCACGUCAAUACUACCGUCGCUAUUCUCACAACAGUCAAGCGUGAGGCGGUAGCAUCCCAGAACUCUAUCGGUGACAGCAACGUUCUCGCCACCUCCCCUGGUCCUAUGAACCCAUCCAGCAAUGUUUUCUUUUUUGACCUAGAGGGAAACAAGGAAAUGCGCAACACGCGCUCUCGCCCAGAUAUAGUAUCUCCGCACUCACCUGAUGCGUCCGAUUCGGGCGAUGAAGUUAUUCUUUUCAGGGGCAGGUCUGCUAACACUCAAGGCGCUGUUCAUCCGGGUAACCGUCUUGGAGAGCCCGAGAAAACGCCCAACUUGCUAGUUAACUGUGACGACAUUUGCACCAAAAAGCGAGAUGUGACAAUCGGUAGUUCUCGCGCAAACAGCAUGAUACACCAGGUUGCCCAACUGUCAUCGAGUCAGAAUCGCCCGCGUUUUCUGCAACAAGUUGCCCAAGACGCGAGUGAGGAUGGAGAGGACGAAGAGGACAUCAUCCUAGCUGAUUAUAUCGCCAACGUAGCCGAGCAGUCGGAUAGAGAGCUACUUGCAACCCGGUUGCGACCCUUCAACACCCAGAGAGAUCUCGGUGGUGACCACGGUGCCUUUAACUCCGGGUUUGGGGAUCAGGGGGGAUUACCAGCCACAAAUACUUCAUCGGAUGAUGAAGUUGGAGCAGGGCCCUGCACUCCCAAUAACAACAUGGGCGACGACGGCGAGCGAAAUGCAGCGGGCAGCGAAAAUGAAGGAAGCGUGGAAUCCGAAAUUGAUGGCGAGGAUUUCGCUAGACUCUUCGCCAAACAGGAGAAGCUUGGCCUCUUGGGCAAACAUCGUACUUCACCGGCUACCUCGGUUGCCGAGUCAUUCGUCGAAAUGAACUUGACGGACUGGACUCAACCUGGUCAACGACCAAGUAGAAGCCGUCGUAGCAAACAGCCCCCUGCCUUCAACGUCUCGGACUCAGAGCUGGAGACAGCGCUAAAAACCGCCUGGCAAAAUGACAGAGAGCGAAAGAAGAACCGCAAACUGGAGCGUGAAAAUCUUCGCGCAAAUGGACUUCUUCGCAAGAAUUCGAACCCAGAUGACCUACGGAUCAAAUAUCACUCCGGAAUGAAGCUUGACGAUAUCAAAACAGAGCUCGUGUCCUUUCUUCUUAGCCCUGCAGAGACCAUCCAAUUUCCGCCCAUGGACAAACAAGCUCGAAAGCUUCUCCAUGAACUUGCAAACAAGUUCAAGAUAAAGUCUCAAUCGACUGGCAAAUCGGAUCAGCGACGCCCGGCCCUUUAUCGAACGAAGCAUACAGUGAAGUACGCGGAGAACCAGGAGGAAGAAGUGGCUAGCCACGUCAAUAGGGCUGCGGUAUGGAUCAAACGAAAGUAUUUCCAUCGCCUCGACGUGAAAGGCAAGGCCUUCCUUAACUCGCCAACCCCAGGUGGGCGAUCUAGUAACAAGGCCAUCAUGUUGCGUGAGGGAGAGAUUGCCGGGGCGUCAGCUCCGGAACUGGGCCAAGACAACAAGGGCCAUGCCAUGAUGGAGAAGAUGGGCUGGAGUAAGGGCAUGGCUCUGGGUGCCAUCGAGAAUAAGGGAAUAUUGGAGCCUGUCGCCCAAGUCGUGAAAAGAUCCAAGGCAGGUCUGGGAUAAGAUGUUAGCAGUGGGUAACCGACCUUGCCGGUUUCUCCAAACGUACUCCCAUGUGCAGCAUCUUCUCACGACGGAAGCUAACCCAGCAGUCUCGAACACAUGCGAACUAGACUUCCGCAUGAUAAACCAUGUUUAAUAUUCGCG